AAACAUUCCUUUAGUUUUCUCUUGACACGUAUCUAGCAACGAAGUUGGCGGAGUCCAGUGUUGAAUUGUUCAUCGUUGCAGGUAACAGCGACGGUCAAAAAUGUCAGGGUUUGACAACUUCAACACAGAUUUCUACCAGUCCAGCUACAGUGUAGAUGACCAAGGCCAACCUGCUGGAUAUGGCUACAGUAACACAGAAGACCCCUACAAACAGGGUCAGUAUGACUACUCCCAACCGAUGGGAUACUCAGCCCCAGGGAUGAUGCAACCCCAGCAGCCCUACACAGGCCAGAUCUACCAACCCACACCAGCCUUCACACCUUCCCCCACACAGUCCAUGUACGGCAGCAGCUUUGAUGACGAGCCCCCGCUGCUGGAGGAAUUGGGCAUUAACUUUGACCACAUCUGGCAGAAGACCCUGACAGUGCUCCACCCCAUGAAGGCAGCAGAUGGUAACAUUAUGAACGAGACUGACCUGGCUGGGCCCAUGGUGUUCUGUCUGGCCUUCGGAGCCACCUUACUUCUGACAGGAAAGAUCCAGUUUGGAUAUGUGUAUGGCAUCAGCGUCAUCGGCUGCCUGGGGAUGUACUGUCUCCUCAACCUAAUGAGCAUGACAGGUGUGUCGUUUGGCUGUGUCGCCAGUGUACUGGGCUACUGCCUACUACCCAUGAUCCUCCUUGCCAGCUUCGGAAUCAUCUUCUCUUUACAAGGCAUGUUUGGAAUAAUCAUCGCAGCCACGAUAAUUGGCUGGUGCAGUUUCUCUGCUUCCAAGAUCUUCAUCUCGGCCCUGGCCAUGGACGGACAGCAACUUCUGGUGGCGUACCCCUGUGCCCUCCUCUAUGGGGUGUUUGCUCUCAUCUCUGUCUUCUGAACUGUCUCUGUCUGUCAUCUACACCAUGCAGGAAAACGGCCCAGCAAACCCAACUAACUUGAGGACCAGUAAGAAGCGCUGCUGUGCUGCAC